AUGAAGAGCCUCACUCUACCCACCCUGCUCCUGCUCUCCAGCAAAUUGACCACAGCAGCCGACCUCCAAGAUGAGCCUCAACUCUUCUCAAAUGAUUCGGGUCUGACUUCAAUAUCCUCAACAACCGCGCUUACGAAUGCCGCGCCGGCUACAGCGAAUGCCCUAACGACACAUUACACUGCUGCAAAACUGGAAAAUCUUGCUGCAGCGGCACCAACUACUGCGCUGAUCCAGGCGAAACCUGUUGCUCAGACUACGGGACCUGUCCUAGCGGAUGGAAAUGUUGCAGUGGGACUGGCUGCGCGCCGACAGACGGAGAAUGUUGUACCGGGGGCUAUUAUUGUCGGGCUGGGAAGCAAUGUCGGAUAUGGAACGGUAAUCAUGUUUGUUGUCCCUCUACUGGUUGUGUUGACGGAGACAGAGACGGCGACUGUCACGAGUGCUUAUACCACCGCUGCGCCUACGGUUACGUAUCUUGAUUGGAAUUAUUAUUAUACGACCGUUUACUGGACGUAUUGGUUCUAUUUCUGGACUUCUAUCCCGCCUUAUACUGUCCAGACGGUUACUUCGACUUACACGACUACUCGCACUAUCUGGUCGGUGCUUGAGACAAAUAGUGCCGAGGCCUCUGCCUCACUGUCGUCUAAGUCUGCAAGAUAUACGUUCUCUGUACCGUAUUCGGCCACUUCUUUGAAGAGUUCGUUGGAGCCUGUCACUCUGUCAACGGCUGAUGCUACCCCGAGUGCCACGUCCAUUAAUUCAGGUGGCAAUAGUGGUAGUGGAUCUGGUACAUCUGUGUUCGGUGGUUCUGCGGUGAGUGUGAGUGUUAGUGCCACUGGAGUCAUGGCUGCUGUCCUGGCUGCUGCUAUUGGCGGGUUGGCGUUUGGACUGUGA